AUGGCUCAUAAUGAGGUAUCGGCCGCCUGGCAUCCGGCUCUCAGAUCGGAGGAUGGCGUAUCCUCGAAUGCGCCUAUCUCGGACGACCUAACACAGGACUCGAAAGAUUCAACAACAGAAUCUGCCACCGAGCUCAACUCCCCCCAGGCAUUUAUCCAAGAGAACGAUUUUCAUAGCAGCUCUGCAUCCCCAAAUACCGAUGCUUCUGUUGACGUGCAGCCUACAGCCGUCCCGGCCGUAAUGGACUUAGAUACUCCGCCGCAUGCUGAGCAAGUCUUGACUGAAGAGAUUGCCCGAGAGAACAAUGCAGAGAAUUCUGCGCAGGAAGAUAUCCCAGGCCAUCAGGAGGGGUUACCGCAAACAAUGUCCGAUGAGCCUCGUGCUAUCGAGACUUCUGAGGAAAGCGCGCCUGUGUUUGGGGGCGACGCGAAUGGGUCUCCCGAUACCACGACUCCUGAUAAUGUGAUGGACGAAUCCUUUCCAGCAGAACAUAACACUACAGAGCGUCGUGAGGAUAAUGACGCAGCUUCUUGGUUCAAUGAACAAGUUGAUAAAGGUGACCGUCUGACUACCAACGAAUUUGUGAAUGACGAUAACCAAGACUUUUGGGGAAGCCCUACAAAUGGUGAUGCCGGGGACGACUUUUUCAGCCAGCUGAAAACCCAAACCAAACCAAUUUAUAUCCCACCAGAAACAGAAUCUAGAUAUGAGGAGGGUGUUCCGUUGCUAGAUAAUACUUUGGAGUCACCAGCCCAGCCUUAUGUGAAGGAAGAGAGUCAGAUCGAUGAACUGUUCGAGAAUGACGGUGACGAUGAAGGUGGAGCAUUCUUCAAUGAGGUUCAAGGAUCUGUACCAGAAGAGGAAGCAGAACCUUCCCCCCAUAUUACUCGCAAGAGUACCACACAAGUCAUCGGCUCGCUUGACGCUUACCCCGACUCUCCGGUCAGCGCCGCAUCCCCAACAGCUCAGGAAUUUGACAAUAUCUUGGCGGCGGCUGCAUCAGAGAACCAGACCAAGGAAGAUCUUUCUGACGAUGAUUUGGCUGCAAAGUGGCAGGCUGAGCUGUCUAAUGACCAACCUGAGAAGGGUUCAGAAGAUGACUUGGCUGCUAGGUGGCAAGCAGCGCUUGAUGACGAUGACGAUUUGCUUCUGGAGGACGAGAUUGGCGAGGGCUCGAACAAUCGUCAAGAGUCGCUUUCUCAGAAUCUAAAUGGGAGUGUCCACGAGACGACCCAAGCAACCCUGAGCAGUCCCUUCGGUACUCCGCAGAGCUCAGCGCGACCUCAGGCGCAACCCACCAGUUACACGCCACAUCAGCCAUCCACAUCGGAUUUACUACAAGGGAUACCAGGCAUUGGUCCUCAAUCAAGUGUCGCUCCAAUGCAAGACUAUUUUGCAACCCCGCCCCAGCCGCGGCCGACCGCAAAGAGAGCAGAGAGCUUUGCAGAACGCUCUAAAGAAGGCUACAAGUCACCCUACGACCUGCCAGAUGAUCUUACUCGUCCUCGCAAACCCGUAGUUGCCCACAAACCGGCUGUCGCGCAUCCUGGUAGCAUGCCACCACCACCACCUCGGAGUAGCAGUAUCCCAGGGCCUCCUCCCAAUGUCCCAGGAGUACCUACUCCACCUCCGGCGGCAACGUCAGUUCCAGCGCCACCUGUCACAACACCUAAGAACUUCUAUGAAGAACUACCUUUGCCGCCCCCUCGGCCAAAAUCCCGUCCCGCGAGCUCGGGACGCUAUACGCCUACUGCUAAUAUAUCUCUCUCCUCCUCCGCAGGCAGUGGUAGUGCUGGUUCUGAAUCUCAGUUGCAACAGCCAGAACGCUUAGAUCCGUAUGCAAAUCUAUUGGGCCCAAGUGCUCCUGGCGCCCCGGCAGCGCCUAGUGCAGCGUCGCGUUACUCACCUAAACCACCUACUAUACAACCUGGGACCAAACCUCCAUCGGCACCCAGGUAUUCCCCAGCACCACCUCGUACCCGCUAUGCUUCUCAGCCAUCUAGUGUCUCUAGUCAGGGGACUGUUUUGCCGUUCCAACCACGUACCUCAAGUCCGUUGGCUCAUCAUGAAAAAGUCUCAUACCAACCGCCAGAGGGCCUUGCUAUCAGAUCCGCUCAAGAACCAGCAUCUAGCUAUGCUCCCAUCGGUAUGCAGCCGCAUCCGGAUGAGCAGGAAGUUUCUAACUCUAUCACAGCCCCCGUUGGUGCUGUAGGUUCAGCUGCUGCGACGGCGGUUCCUGAAAAUGUGUCGGCAGCUCUUCAGCCCACCUCACCUCCGAGGACUUCAUAUGCUCCUCCAUCGUAUAUAAAUGAGUUUUCAAAGCGUGUUGCUCCUAUGGCUAGUCCUCCACCGGCGGUUGUGCCUCCUACUGGUGACGCUCAAUUUGUUCCGCCUCGCAGGUCACAAACUCAAUCCCCUAGCCAACAGGCAUCGGCUCUAGGUUUAUCUGUGCCCUCGGAUCCUUUACAGCGGCCUGCUUCGGUUCAUGCUCCCGCUUCCCCAACGAAGUCCGCCAACCCCUACGCGCCGUCUCAGGUUUCUCUCCAUCACCGUGUUCCGUCGCAACAGCUUGAGUUCAUCCCACCGAAUGAUGGACAGGAAUUGGAUCCACUUGAGCGAUGGAAAGGCGCCCCAAUUGUCAAGUUUGGAUUUGGUGGCUCUAUAACGUCAUGUUUCCCAAAGCAUGUACCUCGAUAUGCUGCUGGUCAAGCCGCGCCAAAAAUCAAGUCUACCCCAGGGGAAGUGAAAAUAUUUCCAGUCAACGAUUGGGUGCCUAUCACUGAAGGCAUUGUACAACAUCCCGGCCCACUGAAACACAAGUCCAAGAAGAAGGACCUAAUUGCCUGGCUUUCGAGUAAAAUUGCGGCAUUCGAAAAUGAGGGCAUCUCUGAAGCAGCUCAAUUACACCCUGAGUCUUCGAAACGACAUGACGAGAAAAUAUUGCUGUGGAAGAUUGUUCGAGCGUUGGUUGAACACGAUGGUGCCUUGGAAGGAUCAGCUGAGAUAGAAAAGUCGUUACGCUACAUUAUAUUCCCUCACCUGCAAAGUUCAGAGUCGGAGCCGACUUCCGGAGUCAACCUCCCAGCCUUCAAUGCUUUGCCGCCACUGAACGCCCCCUCCCAAUCAGAUGCUACUGACAGCCAGUCAAUAGAGAGCAUUCGCAAUAGCCUUCUUGUGGGUAACCGGGAGAAAGCUGUAUGGGAUGCGGUGGACAAUCGUCUAUGGGGACAUGCUAUGAUAAUCGCCUCAACCCUCGAUAGGUCUGUUUGGAAGCAGGUCGUUCAAGAAUUUGUCAGACGUGAAGUCAAAUCUACGACUGGUAACUCAGAAUCCCUUGCAGCACUCUAUGAAAUCUUCGCUGGAAAUGUCGAUGAAAGCGUUGAUGAGCUUGUUCCCCCGUCGGCAAGAGCGGGAUUCCAGAUGGUCAGUAAAGCUGGUGGACAAGGGCCGUCUAAAAAUGCCCUUGAAGGUCUGGAUAGCUGGAGGGAUACGUUAGGGCUAGUUUUGAGCAACCGCAGUCCCGAAGACCACAAGGCCCUGUUGGCCCUCGGUCGACUGCUGUUAUCAUACGGCCGGACGGAAGCUGCUCAUAUUUGUUUUAUGUUUUCACGAGCCGCGGUAUUUGGCGGUGCUGAUGACCCACAAACGAGUAUAGUUCUAUUGGGAGCCGACCACCAACAUCUACCCUUGAACGUGUUGCAGGAUGAUGAUGCGAUCUUGCUUACCGAAGCAUAUGAAUAUGCAGUUUCAGUCUUGGCAGGAUCUCCUACAUCUACAUUACCACAUCUGUUGGCGUUCAAACUCAUUCGUGCUUGCUCCCUUGCAGAGAAUGGUCGCAAAUCUGAAGCUUUGCAGUACGCCGAUGCCAUUACAGCAGCUCUAAAGGCAACUACAAAGCCAUCUGGCUAUCACAACCAACACCUGCUUUUCGGAGUAGACGAGCUCUCGGCGCGCUUGAGACAAACGACCAGCGACAGUGGGUCUUCUUGGAUCUCCAGACCAAGCAUGGAGAAGGUUUCUGGCUCGAUGUGGGCCAAGUUCAACAGUUUCGUUGCUGGUGAAGAUAGUGAUGCCGCCUCAACGGGUUCCGGAAAAGCUGGAGAUGGAGAUAUUGGGCCGUUUGCUAAGUUUUCCGGCACUCCAACCGUCAGUCGGUCGCCAUCCGUGUCGGACUUUGGGCCCUACUCUUUGCCUGCAGCCCAGUCGGUGCCAGGCAGCGGUCCUUCCCGAUAUCAACCGGGCAACCAAUACAUCCCCAAUUCUUCCCCUGAACAAUAUCGUGGAAGAUCAUCUCUUGAUUCCCAGAGAUCAUCGUCGUUCGGGUUCCCGUUUGGGCAACGACGAGGUUCCCAAGAACCAUCGACACCUGUUGAAAGCGGCGUGUAUCAAGCGUCAUAUAUGCCUCUGGCGCCUGUUGUGGAAGAUUCAAUUUCUCAGCCCUACCCUGUCGAACCUGCCCCAAUGCAAGGAUCUCCGGUGAAUAUAUCACCCUAUCAACCCCCUGUUAAUGAGUCCUUUGGUGAACCUCUUGAUCAAACUUUGGCGGCAGUGCCUGCACCUAGCGUAGCCGGCUACGUUCCGCCCGGAGCCGGUAGUGGUUAUGAACCGCCUUCCGUCGAAAUUAGCGCAGUUCCUACAUUGGACACUGCGGAAGAGCCCACGCAUCAGGAUGUCCUAAAAAAGAAGAAGUCCUUCAUGGACGAUGAUGAUGACGAUGACCUUGCGGCGCGUGCAGCCGCUAUUCAGAAGGCUGAGAAGGCACGCAAAGACCGCGAAGCCGAUGAGGCGUUCAGAAAAGCUGCAGAAGCUGAUGCCAAGAGACCCCCCGCCGCAGCGAAGAAAUCAUGGUUUGGUGGUUGGUUUGGAGCAAAGAAAGAGAACGAGAACAACAACAACAACAACAACUCGGGGGGCCCUAUCCGUGCCAAACUCGGCGAGGAAAACUCUUUUUAUUAUGACAAGGAGUUGAAGAAAUGGGUCAACAAGAAAGACCCGAACAGCGCCAUUGUAUCACGUGGCACACCACCGCCACCCAAAGCGCCAGGUCCUCCUAGCAGAAGUGCCAGUGGCAGCACUGCACCUCCUGCAGCAAGCAUGGGUUUGGGGCUUGAUAGUAGGCCCCCAUCGUCUGCAGGUGCUGCUCCCCCGUUACUAUCCAGCAGCCCAGCACCCCCCUCGCUUGCUGCCCCCCCACCUAUGCUAGGCACUGCUCGGUCAGCCUCUACUGGUGCAGCCAUGCCCACGCCACCAAUGGGCUCCUCUUUGCCCCCUCCUCGCCCUGCAACAUCAUUGAGCAAUGCCAGCUCCAUAGAUGACCUUCUUGGAGCACCACAGGCGCGCAAGGGCGCUCCUGCUAAAGGACGAAAGAAAGGCCGAUAUGUCGAUGUGAUGGCGAAGUAG